AUGGAGGGCGAACUCACUGGUUUGUUGCUGGUAUUUCUGGUGCAGCUAAUCAGCAUCUGCGGGGCCAAUAAAGUGUGCGACGCGGAUAUUUGGUCUUCCAAUGAAACGCUCUACGCCGGUGGAGCCUACGAUGUGUUCUGCAGGUGCAACCACUCAGAUGUGCGAUCCGAGGAUUUGCACUUGAGGUCAGACGGUAUUGACCUUGACAUGGAGGUUGUCGAUAACUUUACCGCCAAGCACACGGUCAAUACGGCCAAAGAAAAAUAUAUUAAUAUGUACUAUUGCUACUGGAAGGAUACAUUGGUGAAGGAAAUACUGUUUUUGGUCCUGCCCUUGCUAAAAGUGUCUAAUUUAAAAUGCCGCCAUCAGGAUGAUUCGUCGAUUGUAGCGUGUGGCUUCAGUAGGAUUGGAGAUCCCAGGUUUUGGAGAUCGUACAAAUAUUCCUUGAGUUUAGAUAGCAGACAGCCAGUCGGGUGUCGGGAAACGCCGGAAAAAAAAACAUGGAUGCAGUGCAUGGAUAUUGAACUCCUCUACGAAGACUUUUAUGUGAAACGACACAACUUGAGCCUUCAAUUAGAGGCCCACGGUAUAACGCAGUCGCAGCGAUUUCAAAUCAACCUUGAUCGGAUAACGGUACCGACUUGGCCAACGGAAUCCCCGAUUCUUGAAACGACAGAGGAAAAUAUAUGCCUAGAGUGGAAUAGGAAUUUUUGGAAAUACAAAGCUCGUAAUAUUGAAUGGCGGAUCCAGCUUCUACUCCGAAACCAGAAGAUCGAUCCACAGUGGCCUAAGAUUGACACAUUUCCAGAUGACUUACGUUUUUGCUUUGACACACCUUCCUUUGGUAACCAAAUCUACGACGUGAAGCUGUGGUGUCGCUUUAUCAACCCUUUUGGGCCUUAUACGGAUGAUUACUAUCCGUUUACGUUUACAACUCCGGCAACUCUUCCCCAGCUUCCGCCGGAGAUAGUUCCCAACGGAUUCUUCCAUGAUACGAAACAAAAAAAGCUCUACGUAUUUUGGAUUCAACUGACAGAACUGCAGUUCAACGGACCGAACUUUACAUAUAUCGCCCAGACGCAAACGGGUAAAACGGCGUCCCUGUUAAGCAACAACACAGCGGUUUUCGAUGAUUGGGAUGCCACACAUUCUUCGCUCGUAUACGUUUGGAGUCAGAAUUCUGAGGGACCCUCAGCAAAUAAGAGCAAUCUCGAGGUGCCCGUUUUGACCCAUGAAAGGAGUCGUCAGCCGCAGGAGCUAGAUUACCAUGCGGAUAACCUAACUAUCACAUGGCGAUCUCCAGAGUACCAGAGUGAUCUUGUAGGUUAUGUAGUCACCUGGUGCUCCGCUUCGCCAAACACUUCGCAGAUCUGCGACGACCUCAAACCCAUCAAUUAUCGGGUGCUAGAAGAAUCCCAACAUCAUUUCAACUUCAAUAGCUCUAUGGUGUUCUCUAAUGUUGCAGUAGCAGCAAGAUACAAAGACAACUCCGGAGGUGGCAUGCAAUGGAAUGAUCCCAGAUUUGUAUGGGCCACAAAAGAAACCUCCUUCAGAUGGAGGUGGAGUUACUAUCUUGGAAGUGCGCUUCUCCUAUUAACGCUCUUCCUGUUACUCAUUUCUAUUGAUAAAUUACGAAGAAUGUCAGACAUUGCGGUGUCCGUCCCUGAUGGCCUGUUUAUAGUCAAUUGGAAAUCAAAUAACGUAGCCCAACUGUCCAAUCCUCCAGCUGAAACCGCAGUGCCGGGUAGCGUUGCCCCAAAAACUAUUGUGGAUGUAAAUGAAUUGACCGGCGGAACUUUUUUAGAGCCGAUUCGGAAAAAAGAGCCUUGCUCUUAUGUAGACUCUUACACGAUGCAUCAGUUUAAGACUUCGGCAUACACAUCAUAUUCAAAACAUACAUAAAGACACUUAGAAAACAUGAAAGGAAGCUAGCUUAUAUCCCCUUGUCCGAUUUUUAUGAAAUUUUUUCUCGGUUCAAGGGUAGUUCAUAAAGUCAAUGUUGAAAAAAUCAUGG